AUGUUCCCCCCCGAACCCCGCCCCCGCAUCGCCUGCUUCCACGGCGGUGGCUCCAAAGGCGAAAUCUACCGAAUCCAAUGCUCGCGCCUCGCCAGCUUGCUCGAAAAUGACUUCGAAUUCGUCUUUUUCGAUGGUCCCUACACCCGCGACGCCGGUCCCGGCGUCCUCCCCGCCUUCCGCGGCUACGAGCCAUACAAAUCAUGGGUGACGAAUGACAGCGACGGCAAGGAACUCAUGGAUGGAAGUGGCUAUGACGAUGUUGGCCGGGACGGGAUCGAGAGGGUCUUGAAGCUGAUGGUGCAAAAUGACCGAGAGCAAGAUGAGCCAGCCGGUCCGUGGGUCGGUGCCAUGGGAUUCAGUCAAGGGACCAGAGUGGUGGGUGGAUUGUUGUUGGAUCAGCAACGCAGAGCUGCCUCGGGCUGGGAUGCGAAUGAGGGAAUCCAGUUGAAAUUCGGAGUUUGCUGCAUGGGGGCGGGGGCACCGCUGGAAUCGGAGGUUUCGAAACACUUCAACUUUGAAGAUAACACAGUCUCGCUGCCUACAUUGCAUGUCCACGGGCUCAAGGACUGGGUACUGCCGCUCAGCCGACUCCAGUACACGAAAUAUUAUGACUCGAAAACCAAGAAAUUGUACGAGGUUGAUUACCAUCACGCCAUGCCAUGGAACACACACGAGGUACAGAAAUUGGCGGAUUUAAUACGGCAGAUAUACAAGGAGAAUGCCUAG